CGCAGAAAGAUCAAGAUUGAAUACAUUGAAGACAAGAAUAGACGACACAUUACAUUUUCUAAAAGAAAAGCAGGAAUCAUGAAAAAGGCGUAUGAAUUGAGUACUCUGACAGGGACUCAGGUGUUGUUGCUGGUCGUGUCUGAGACAGGAUUAGUAUAUACAUUCACCACCGUUAAGCUGCAACCAAUGGUAACAAAACCCGAAGGAAAGAAUUUGAUCCAAGCCUGUUUGAAUGCGCCU